AUGGACAAGUCUACACAGCCCAAGAACCCAAUGACGAAGGGAGACGCAUCCCGUAUCCAAUCGCACGCUGAUCGCACACAAACGAAUCAAGACUUCAAGGCGCGUGCACAAUCUACGGCCGAUACCCGACUUUUAUUUGGUUACUUCCGCGAAGCUGACUAUGAGGCCAUGCAAGAACGCGUUGAUGGGAUUGUGUUGCCGCAUGGAAAGUGCAAAAUACAGCGCAAGUUCGAUUUGAUGAAGGCUGAGGACUGGAAGACAUGGACACUCGUCUACUCCGCAUUUGUCCUCAAAUCUAUCCUGCCUCCUGCUCACAUGGCGAAUAGGAUGUUUUUCGUCGCUGCAUGGCACCUUGUCUAA